GCCCUAUCUAACGGAGGAGCGUGGCAUUACCAACCCGGUUUUAUUUAUGAACGACGGCCGUAGCGUUCUCUUUUAGACAUAAAUCCUUCGAGUAGUCCACCACGAGGAGGUCAACAUGCAGAUAUUUGUUAAAACCUUAACAGGGAAGACUAUUACCCUUGAGGUAGAGGCUGCUGAUACUAUAGAAAAUGUAAAAGCUAAAAUCCAAGAUAAAGAAGGAAUUCCUCCAGAUCAACAGCGAUUAAUUUUUGCUGGUAAACAACUGGAAGAUGGGAGAACUUUGUCUGAUUAUAAUAUUCAAAAAGAAUCGACUCUCCAUUUGGUAUUAAGAUUGAGAGGUGGUGUUAUUGAGCCUAGUUUGCGUAUUUUAGCCCAAAAGUACAAUUGUGAUAAGAUGAUUUGCAGAAAAUGCUAUGCUCGUCUUCACAUCCGCGCAAAGAACUGCCGCAAGAAGAAAUGUGGUCAUUCAAACAAUUUAAGACCAAAGAAGAAAUUGAAGUAGAUUAUUAAAAUAAAUCAUCGUACUGCA